UCAUCUCGUCUCAACUCAUGUUACUCAACUGGCCGAGUGAUCACUGACGCAGCAGUAUCUUCUGAUGAAACGAGAAGCAGAGAGAACGUGACGCUCGUUAAGACCGUACCGGGCGUGGUCACUCACGUUAUCAUUUAAGAGGACCGAGGCGAGGGGAGAGACGAUACAGAGACGUCCGCCCGCCAGCAUCAUGGCCAUGGCCACCUCCUCUCCUACGCUCGGCGCACUCCUCCUCCUCGCCCUCUUCUCGGCGGCCGGUGUCCACGGCGCCGCACCCUCUUCGCCGCUGGACCAGCUCUGCGGCAGCCUGGGCAGCUUCUACGUCACGCCGGAGCUCUGCGCGUCCACGCUCUGCGUCGACGCUUCCUCCUCCUGCCGCUCCGCGCGCGGCGCGCCGGAGCUCGCGGCGCUCGCGACCAGGCUGGCGGCGGCCAACGCCACGGCGGCGAAGGCCAGCAUCGAGUCCGCGCUCGCCCUCGACGCGGAGCGCGUCCCGGCGCCGGCCUCGGCGGCGGACGCCGACGCCAGGAAGGGCAUGCGGUCGUGCCUGCAGCUCUAUGCCGGCGCCGUCCCGGCUCUGCGGUGGGCGGCGCGGUCCGUCGCCGCGGGGCGAUACAGCGGCGCGCGGGAGGUGCUGGACGCGGCGCAGUACGUCGCGUCCGGGUGCGCCGGCAUGGCCGGCGAGGCGACGCUGCCCAAGGAGAACGACCGGUUCAGCUCCAUGGCCAUCGUCGCGCACGCCAUCGUCGCAUCCAUGUCUGCCACCUGACCACUCGAUCAGCCGGUCACCGAAUUCAUUAGCCUGCUACGUACAAUAUUUUAAUGGUGUGUUUGUGCCAUUGUGGUUGUGGGUAACAAUGGGUCAGUGAGAUGUAGCUAAACUCUCGCGCUGUUUAUUCAACUCUCGCGCAAUUGUUAUUUGAAGCUUGUGUA